AUAUCACUAUAUUGACACUUACUAUGGUACCCAUUAUGUCAUUGUAUGGUCAUAUCACCUUGUACUUCGGCAUGUGACUAAAAUUAAAAUUAAAAAAUAUUUUUUUAUUAUAUUAGGAAAGCAGGAAGUGAACAAAUGUAACAGUUCCUGUUUGUAAAAGUACCAGAUGGAGGGGUAGGAUUUAAUAAGCUUUGCUUCUUCCUACUCCUUUUGGACAUGUGCAACUGUGAACUGAUUAUGGGAUGCACUCAAUUGUAAUCUGAUGCAUGUUCAAAUGAAAUAAAACCAUUACCAUUACCAUUUUUACUUAAAUGAUAACUAAAUCACUAAAGAUAUCUAAAAUUUAAUUAUCAGUAGAGUAGUUUUUAUUCAACAAGAGAAAAGAUGAGCAUGUGUAAGUGGCGUGCUGCUGUAAGACCUUACCACCGCUCUCUUCCAGUGAUUACAUCACAUGUCAUUGACGCCUGAUAAAACUCCCAGAGUAGGGAGGCACACACUCACUCACUCACACAUGCACACACACACACGUAAAGACAGGACUUGACAGAAGUUGGAGGCAAUGCGUUGCUGGGUGUGGUUUCCUGCUCUGGGGCUGCUGUCCUGGAUGUGCUGCAGCCUGGAGCCCGUUGAAGGAGGGAAGGUGCUGGUUAUUCCCGUAGACGGGAGUCACUGGCUGAGCAUGAAGAUUCUAGUGAAGGAGCUCACCCACAGAGGACACGACGUGGUGGUUGUGGUGCCUGAGAGCAGCCUGCUGAUGAACGGCUCAGAGAGCUACAGGACCCAGCACUACAAAGUUCCCUACUCCAAAGCUGAACUGGACGACAAAUACACCGAGCUGAAGGAUAGCGCUUUCAUCAAGCCGCCAGAAUUCCCUAGUUUGUUUGGCAACCUUUUCCUUUUAGUCAACUUCACUGAGUUCCAUGUGAAAGGCUGCAGAGCUCUGCUCAACAACCAGUCUCUGAUGAGUCAGCUGAGGAAGGAAGGCUUCAAUGUGGUCCUGACAGACCCUUUCCUCCCAUGCGGCGCCGUCCUGGCUCAUAUCUUCAACAUCCCAGUUGUUUAUUUUAUGAAUUUACUCCCUUGUGACCUGGAUGUGAAGGCAAACCAGUGUCCUGUCCCUCUGUCCUACGUUCCCAAAGCCUUCUCCAAGAACACAGAUGUCAUGACGUUCCUGCAGAGGGUGAAAAACAACAUCAUGGGAAUGGUCGAGUACCUUGUAUGUUGGGCUGCGUAUGCACAAUUUGAUGUGCUGGUCAAUGACUAUGUGGAAAAAGAUAUGACCUACAAGGACCUUUUGAGCCACGCUGCUCUUUGGCUCCCCAAAUACGACUUUGUGCUGGAUUGGCCCAAACCUGUGAUGCCCAACGUGGUUUUCAUUGGAGGUAUCAACUGCGCAAAAGCACGACCCCUGCCCGCAGAUUUGGAGGCGUUUGUGGAAGGUUCAGGUGAGGAUGGCUUUAUCAUCUUUACCUUGGGCUCCAUGAUGUCCACCAUGCCAGAGGAGAUAGCGAAACACUUUUUUGAAGCCUUUGCGAAGAUUCCACAAAAGGUUUUGUGGCGAUACACUGGAGUUCAACCUCAGAAUGUGCCAAAGAAUGUUAAACUUAUGAAGUGGCUACCUCAGAAUGACCUCUUGGCCCACCCAAAAGCCAAAGCUUUCCUCACCCACGGAGGAUCCCAUGGUGUCUAUGAAGGGAUCUGCAAUGCUGUACCCAUGCUGAUGUUUCCACUGUUCGGGGACCAAGAAGACAAUGUUCUCCGCUUGGUGGUACGCGGUGUUGCGGAGAGCCUGAGCAUGUUUGAUGUGACAACAGACAAACUCCUGGCUGCUCUGAAUAAUGUUAUCAAUGAUGAAGGUUAUAAAGAGAGGAUGGUGAAGUUGUCUACCUUACACCUGGACCGCCCGGUCCAUCCUGUGGACCUGGCUGCUUUCUGGACGGAGUUCGUCAUGAGACACAAUGGAGCCGCACAUCUACGGGUAGCUGCUCAUGACCUGAACUGGUUCCAGUACCAUAGCCUGGACGUCAUUGGCUUCCUGCUGACUGUGGUUGUGCUUGCACUGUGGUUGGCUCUCAAAUGCUGCUUGUUCUGCACUCGCAAGUGUUGUGGGAAAAAAACAGCAAAAAGUAAAUCGGAGUAAUGGUAGGAAAUGUUCUAUAUAACGUUGGAAUACUGAGUGAACACAUGUGUGAUCUGUGAAAAGCUGAAUAGUUGAACUAAGUCAUUUUCUGUCUUGGGUGCUGUUGUGCAGAAUCAUGCUGCAGUUCAGGGGUGUACAGAAAAAUGUAAAGAAGCGGGGGCCCGCUUUAAUACAUUUUGUGCAUUUAAGACGCUGUUGGAAAUGAAAUUCUCAGCAACCUAAUUAAGGCCUCGAGGACCACUUGUUUAAGUAAAUUUCAUCUCCCUGAACGUAUUUGUUAAUCUCCACUUAUGAGAAGGAAUAAAACUCACACACUAGUAAAACUUGACAUCACGUAUUGUAAAAUUGGUCAGACAGAAUAAAAUCACAAAAAAAAAACAUGCCACUUCCA